GGAGGGAGGUGAAUGAAAGGAAAAUUAGAUAGUAAAGAAACAAAUAUGGAUCCCGCCCCUUGUGCGCGCCGGCCGCUGAUCAAGAAAAGUCAAAUGUCGCACAUAAUGCACCUACCCAUCAAUCAUCCUUAUCAUCUCGAUCUUUGUGUCCGCUUCUCACUCAAACAUUCACCAAUAGAACGUCAAAAAUGCUAUGGAAAAGGGAAUGCUUGUGGAGAAGAGUGACGGCCUGUACCAGUGUCCGUGCAUGUGCGAGAAACUCAUGGAAGCGAGUCUUAGAAAUCAUCUUAAGACGAAGAAACACUUGAAAGAGGGAAGAUGAGGCCCGCAGGACAUCACAUAAGUAUCAUUACACCUUGCAUACUGAAAAGAAAAAAAGAAAUUAAAGGAAAAAGAAAAAAAUAUAUAAAUAAUAAGGGAAAAAAUGGUUCAUUAAUCACGGGAGAAAAAUAAAUAAAUCAGUCCUGUACCUAACGUGUUGAAAGUGAAGCAGUGCUUGUAUGAGAGAGGCAGUGACCAUGCCAUUCAUAACUAUAAAAAAAAAAAAAAAUAUUAGACCAGGCCGUAGUUACAGUUAUCCUUUUAUUUCAAACAAGCAGGAAUAAUAUCCAUAUUCUACCGAUAUAUUAUUCACAUAUCAUUAUCAUUCUAUUAGGAUAACAAACACAACUUAAUAGAAAAUGAAUCAAGUAAACAAAGAACUGGCAACUCACCGGAGAUUGCCUUUGUCUUCUUCGAGAGGAAUCGAGACCAUAAACCAGGAGACUGCAAGAUGGCAACAAUGAACGUGAAAUCUGCUCUGGAAAAGGGAAUGCUCGUGGUGCAGAGUGCCGGCCAGUACCAAUGUGCGUGCGGCGAGGAACUCAAGGAAUCGAGUCUCAGGAAUCAUCUUAAGACGCAGAAGCACUUGGAAGAGCUCUCCGUUAAAACCGCCAUUGAGAAAGGCAUCUUUGUAGAGACAAAAAAAUAUGAAUAUCAGUGUGUUUGCGAAAGUAAACUCAAAAAGGCAUCGCUGAGACGACAUCUUAUCACAAAGACACAUUUGAGAGAGGUACACGCAAGAAAAUUAUGGAUGAAAUCAGUUGAUGAAGAGGCAAAUGGAGCGCGGACCAAUAGCAAUGGCAGUACCAUGAGAGUAGAAUACGACGAUGAUAGUGCGCGAUGUCACUAUUGCGGGGAGAAGUUGACAAACAAGGAGUAUCUCAAACGGCACUUACAAAACAAGAGAUGUAAGGAAAAGAUCAAUAGAAAACGGGAGGUUGCAAAUACAGAGAGGGCACCGAAAGAAGUAACCACGCCUUAUGUUAUAAGAUCAAAUCCACCUGGACAUGUUUACGUGUUCAACAACGACUUCAAAGGUAAAGGUCAGGGAAAGGAGCGCGACGGAGCCGAACAUGACUCGCAAAACCUGCGGACGACCUUCGAGGCCAUGGGCUACAAGGUCAUCCUGCGGCCAAACCUCGGCGCGCAGCAGACGAUGGAGGAGGUAGACCGAAUUAGGCAGGACUCGGCGCUCGCCCACGUCGACGCCCUCGUCAUGGUGUUCCUGAGCCACGGCAUACGGCCCUUCAAGUUCCAGGCGCAGGACUGGGAGAUACUCAGUCUCCAACGCAUCCGCAGGCAGUUCACACACUCGCUCUGCCCCCACUUGAAAGGGAAGCCGAAAAUUUUCUUCACGAAUUUCUGCCGUGGACGAAGACGCCAAAUCCAGACGGACGGCGACGUCGAGGCCACGAGGGACAUGGUGACCAUCCACGCGGUCCAGCAAGGGAUCGUAGCUCUGCGCGACUGCCGCCUAGGCACCCGCUUCGUCAGGGCUCUGUGCGAAGUGCUGCGGGAACACGCAGCCACCAAGAGUCUGCGGGAAAUCUACCUCGAGCUGGCCAGAAAAUCGACGGAAAUAAAAGGGACUUUGCCUCAGUGGGAGGCAGAUGUUUUCCGAGAGUUCUAUUUCAUGCAACAAGCAACUAACCGUGGCCAGAAUGAGAAUGCCAUGUAAAGCCAGCAUACCUUAUCGUAUACUUGUACGCAUUCACCAUGCGUGUUACAUCGGCUUGUUCAUCCGCUCCAUUUUCUCAUCACAGACAUGCCAUAACUGCUCAGUGUUGACGUGAUAUCUCUCUUUUUGUUUAUCUUCCAUGCCUGGCACGUAAUUCAUAAUGGAACUUUAACCACCAGCAUAAUAUGUAUGGUAGUCUGUUGUCGGAGACAUCUGGAGCAACAUAUCCUCCUUGUGACAAGUGUAGAAAAAGGUCUGGUUAACAACGAAUAACUUGUUUCUGAAAUGGUCCCUUGUUUAUAAUCUUCCUGAAAGGCCAUGUCUAAUCUGUAAAUUUUGAGAGCUGAGUGAGUGUUAUUCCUUUCCGUUGUGACUCUUAUGGUGUCAUCAUUUAUCCUUGGAGGAAGACGAUGCUUAGCAGUUUUUGUAAACAAGUGAGUGACAGCAUCUAUAGUAUUUAUAAUCACUUCAGUGAGGACAUUUACCUGUUUGUUUACAUUAGCUGUUAACAAAAUCUCUUGAUGAGUGUAUUCUUUGUCUAUAAUUAGUUUUCAGAAGUUCAUGAUGAGUUAUGGCACGAAACGUUUUCCUGUCCAUACUUUCUCUAUUUUUUUUUUUUUUUUUUUUUUUUUUCAUGAUCAGCAGCAUCUAAUAAAGACAAAAUGUUUUAGUGACCACUAUGCUUUU